GCUAUGGCUACCUCCUUAACGCGCUUCUUCCAUUUAAUCCUCUGUAAGUCCUCUUUCAUUCCACCCAGCCCGAAACCAUUCCUAUCUCUCUCCCCUCUCCAUCUCUGGCUUCCUUUCUCGUCUCCUCUCCUCUUCAUCCGCCAUGAAGCUCUUCAUCGCAAUCCCUAACCCUAAGAAGCUUUUCAAGUCCAGGAAGUCCCGCUCCGUUUCCAGAUCCGACGAUCCGUCGUCGUUCAGCUCCGGAACGACGUCGUCUUCCGCGUCCGAUUCGUGUGACUCGGUUAACGGAUUUAAGAAUAAGAAGAAGAAGAACGGUUUGUCGACGCCUACCAGCGUGCUCCCGGCGUUGUCCAGCGAGAUCUCCGCCGAAGAGUGGUCCGAGAUUUCCUCCGAGGUGUACGCGGAGCUGGUGCAGGCGUUCAAGCUGAUAGACAGGGACGACGACGGAAAGAUUAAGAGGGAGGAGCUGGAGGCUCUGCUGAGCCGGGUGGGAGCCGAGCCGGUGAGCGAGGAGGAGCUGAGGAUGAUGCUGAGCGAGGUGGACAGGGACGGCGACGGCUGCAUCAGCCUCGAGGAGUUCAGCGCGCUCAGCUCGGCUUUCGCGCCGCCGGCCUGCGACUCCGAGAUGAGAGCCGCAUUCGACUUCUUCGACACGGAUCACGACGGGAAGAUCACGGCGGAGGAGCUGUUCAGCGUGUUUAAAACCAUCGGGGACUCGCGGUGCACGCUAGAGGACUGCCGGCGCAUGAUAAGAGGGGUGGAUAGGAACGGGGAUGGGUUCGUGUGCUUCGAGGACUUCAGCCGUAUGAUGGAGCAGCAGAGAUGAUAAUUAUUGAUUGGUUCCGCAUAUUUCAUCUGCUGUUCCUGAUUUGGGUGAAAGAAUAACUCCUCUUUUCAUUUUUUUCUUCCUUUUAAUCCUUUUUGGGGAACAUAUGGGGGUAUUAUGUGGGUCGGAUCGGAUGUUGAGAAUGAUAAAUAUGGAUCGAAUCGGUGAACGGCUUGGAUUUGAUCCCUUCUUUAAGUUGUACCAAAGCUGCCGUACAUAUAUUGUGAUGACUGAUGACAAUGAUGAGAAUGAAAUCCAACCUUCUUUUACCACUCAA